UUUAUUGUUAAUCCAGUUGUUUUUAGUUGUAUGUCAGCCCUCGGCUAUACCAGCUGCUAGUAGACCAAACGUUUUCCUGUCCGUUUCAGUUUAUUCCUGUGUUGUUUUCUUUCAGAAUUACUCGGGAACCUAGCAUGUUAGCCGUCAAUACUAACCGUGUGCUGUUAAAAUCCAGAGCAUCGGCGAGUUUAGCUUCUUUUACGUAACCGGUAUCAUGUUUAGUCCCUGCAAUGCAAACUUUAUCUUUUCGAUGGUACUUUCUUGUGGAUAACAGUUAAUAAUACUGGUGUGAGCUAAGCAGAGACCAGGAACUUUUGCUGUGAUCUGUCUACCUGAGGGAUGGAGUACAUUCAAGCUCCAGCUGCCAGCAGUCAGGGGAAUAUCCUGUGCUGUACCUGUGGUGUCCCCGUUCCUCCAAACCCCGCCAACAUGUGUGUGGCCUGCCUGCGCACUGAGGUCGACAUCUCAGAGGGAAUCCCAAAGCAAGUCACGGUGCACUUCUGCAAGCAGUGUGAACGGUACCUGCAGCCUCCUGCCACCUGGAUGCACUGUGCUCUGGAGUCCAGGGAGCUUCUGGCCCUUUGCCUAAAAAAACUUAAGAGCUCAAUGACCAAAGUUCGUCUUAUUGAUGCUGGCUUCCUGUGGACAGAGCCCCACUCCAAGAGGAUUAAGAUGAAACUGACCAUCCAGAAAGAGGUGAUGAAUGGGGCUAUCCUGCAGCAGGUGUUUGUGGUCGAGUUUGUCGUCCAGUACCAGAUGUGCGACGACUGCCAUCGUGUGGAGGCCAAGGACUUCUGGAAGGCAGUGGUUCAAGUGAGGCAGAAGACUGUUCAUAAAAAGACGUUCUACUAUUUAGAGCAGCUGAUCCUGAAGCAUAAACUCCAUCAAAAUGCCUUAAACAUUAAAGAAAUCCAUGACGGCAUUGAUUUCUACUACGGCUCCAAGCAGCAUGCUCAGAAGAUGGUGGACUUCUUGCAGUGCACCGUGCCCUGCAGGUGCAAAACAUCUCAGCGCCUCAUCUCUCAUGACAUCCAUUCAAACACAUACAACUAUAAAAGCACCUUCUCUGCAGAAAUUGUUCCUGUCUGCAAGGACAACGUGGUAUGCCUCCCACCACGGCUGGCGCAGAGCCUGGGGAACAUGGGUCAGAUCUGUGUCUGCGUCCGUGUCACCAGCACCAUCCAUCUCAUCGAUCCCCGCACCCUGCAGAUUGCAGAAGUGGAUGGGAACACAUACUGGCGCAGCCCCUUCAACAGUCUCUGUAGCCCCCGGCAGCUGGAGGAGUUCAUAGUUAUGGACAUCGACGCCAUCAGAGACCAGAAACUGGGUGCUGGAGCUGGCAUGAGGUCCAACAAGCACACCCUGGCUGAGGUGUGGGUCCAGAAAACCUCAGAGAUGGAUACGAGUCAGCAGUACCACUGCCGCACAUUCCUGGGCCAUCUGCUCAACAUAGGAGACCUGGUGAUGGGGUACGACUUUGCAAACUCCAACAUCAAUGAUGAGUACCUGAACAAGAUGAACCCACACCAUCUUCCUGAUGUGGUGCUGAUCAAGAAGAGCUAUGACCGCAGCAGGAGGGCGAGGCGCAGGAACUGGAAACUGCAGGAGAUGGCCAGAGACCGUGAAGGCAUGGACACAGAUGAUGAAAGACAAUACCAGGACUUCCUGGAGGACCUGGAGGAAGAUGAGGCUUUGAGGAAAAAUGUCAACAUCUACAGAGAUGCCUCAAAGAUCCCUGUAGAGAGCGACACCGAUGAUGACGGAGCACCGCGUAUCUCCCUGAUGGAGAUGCUGGAAGAGCUCAGCCUGACAGAUGCCACAGGAGGAGAGGGCACCGACAUGAUGACAGAGUAGCCAGCCUUUUUUUUUUUUUUUUAUGCAUGGCUUUGACAGCUAAUGUGUCAAAUUCAUCUCUGCUGAUGAAAAAGUGAUGCAACUACACACAUCUGAUUUUUGAACUUGCAGCAUAUUAAGGACAGUGAAUGUCUGAUAAGGAAGUAAAUGGUGAAAUAACUUGUAACACCACUGAGCCUCCAUGGAGUGAGGCUCAAAUAGUCUUUCACUAAGAAACCUGCCUUUCAGUCUCAUCUCAGAUGUUUUCUUCUCUGUACCUGUAAAUACACUUUAAGCUAUUUCAGUAGUACCCCUUUAGCCAUCUAAAAAUACAGAUAAUAAAUAUGCUUGAUCAAAAUAAA